CAUAGCAUAAAAAUCGACAAAGAGGCGGGCUAGAGCACUAAAAUAUCCCUCCAAUACUCUCACCUCCCAACUCCUCUUCCACCCCGCUUCCGAUUCCGGAUUCCUCUGCGCAUCGCAAAACUCCGAUAGCGGCGCAGUUUCGAAUUGCUUGCUCCAGCAGGCAAAUGAUUAUUAUCAACGGUAGCAACUUCUCAAAGAAUUCGUGAUCGUUUCGCGAUGGGUCCGAUCUCCAGCGAUGCGUCGCAGAAACGGCCCUUCAGCAUCGCGCCACCGGCGGCGCUGAUCUUUUUCGUACUAGUAGUUGUCGCCAGUACAAUUGUCACGCUUGAUCGCAAGGAGAAUUUGCCAAUAUUGCAGUUGAAACCAAAAGAAAUUAUUGCACCUGAGGAGAUCAGGCCUCCCACGAGCGAGUUGCGCGUCGAGCUAACAGAAGAACCUAACAUCUGUGAGAAUCAAUGCAAGCCUUCAGGCAGUGAGGCCUUGCCGAGGGGCAUCGUGCAGGACAAGUCCAACUUCGAGAUGGAGUCACUCGGUGGCAACCCUGAACGAAAGGAUGACAGCAGGCCGUCGAAAAGCCUCCUCGCGAUCCCCGUCGGCAUCAAGCAGAAGGCGGUCGUCGACAAGCUCGUCUCAAAGUUCCCUGCCGCCAACUUCACGGUGAUGCUGUUCCACUACGACGGUGUGGUCGACCGGUGGGGAGACCUCAAGUGGUCCGGCCGCGCGAUCCACGCCGCGGCGCGCGACCAGACCAAGUGGUGGUUCGGCAAGAGGUUCCUGCACCCGGACCUGGUGGCGGAGUACGAGUACAUCUUUCUCUGGGACGAGGACAUCGAGGUGGACAGCUUCGACCCGCUCAAGUACCUGCGGAUCGUGAGGCGGGAAGGGCUCGAGAUAUCGCAGCCGGCGCUCGACCACCGGUCACAGAUCCACCACCGGCUCACGGCCCGCGCGCGAAAAGGCGACGUGCACAGGCGGUUCUACAAGACGAACGGGCAUGGCAGGUGCUACGGCAACAGCACGGGGCCGCCAUGCACGGGAUGGGUGGAGAUGAUGGUGCCGGUGUUCUCGCACGCGGCGUGGCGCUGCGCGUGGCACAUGAUCCAGAACGACCUCAUCUACGCGUGGGGGCUCGACUUCAAGCUCGGCUACUGCGCGCAGGGCGACCGGAGCCGCAACGUCGGCGUCGUCGACAGCCAGUACGUGCUCCACCGGGGCAUCCCCACGCUCGGCGACGGCGGCAAGGCGCCGGUGUCCAAGUCCACGUCGACGUCGGCGACAGACCGGUACGCUGUGAGGCAGCGCUCCUACGACGAGCUGCAGGUGUUCAACAGGAGGUGGAGGGAUGCGGUGGCGGAGGAUGGGUGCUGGACCGACCCUUACCCGAAUCCGGCGACCACCGGCUGACCGAUCCACGUGUCGCCGGCGGGACGAGAGAGUGCAGGGAAGUACAAUUGUCGGUAGCUGUUACAUUGACCUUGCCUAGAUGAUAGAUUAUACACCAUAUUUACAGGUUCAGAGAGCUUAGAGUCAGAGCUCCAUAUAUGACGUACAAAUUGUUUUUUUUUCUGUCCCUGAUCUCAAAAAGCAAUAAGCAAGCUAGAAUAAAAAUAUGAUGUAAUUAUUUCUGUA